AUUGAUGGGCAUAGUACAAUAACCACAAAAGUGUAAGACUGUAAUGUAUGAGUACUAUAUACAUUACAGUAUAGCAGAUCAGGAUUAAAAUUAACAUAGAAAAAUAAUCUAGAGUGAAUUUAGCAGUAUAUUUGAAGGAAUUUCAAAAUAGCAGUGGCUUUUUUUCCCUACCACUAAUCACUUUUUAAAAUCUUGCAACAUUCUUGUAUUUGACCUUUGUUAUAAGGGUAUAAUCCAAAUAAUAUAGCUGGAACUAGGGACAGAUUUUGAUUAUAAUUUUGGGCAUAGAGAUAGGCUUGCAGCUUGAGUAGUAGGUGUACUAUUCACCAUAUAUGAAUAAUUCUUACAACAUAAUAGCGAUUAAUUGUAAAAGCUUGAAAUCCUUUAUUUUGUCUUUCUAUAGAAGGUUUGGUAUUACAAUUAAAAUGUGACAGCUAAACAUUUGGAGAUUAUAGCAGAUUAAAAUCUUGAAGCAGUAGAGAGAAGGAACAUCUUAAAGUGUAUCAUUUAUGUAUCCCAUGUCAUUGCCCACAUUGUUUUGAGACCAGAUGUGUGUCACAUAGUAAGAAAGCAGUGGCAUUAGGUUAACAGUUGCAUUAAAAAAAAAACCUGAUUGGUAAAACAGCACAAGGGUGAAUUAAAAUAAUAAGGCUGUAAGACUGGUAAGUGGAGGUUCCUUAAUACCGGGAUUAGUUUUUCUUUCCAGUCCCAUUCAUUUUGUUCAGAGCUGUUCUAUUAAGGAUAUUACAGGGGAAUUCAGGAGAUCAUUGAUCAGUUUAAAGACAUUUUAGUAUUAGCAUUUAAAAAGCCUGUAGGUUUUAUUGCUGAAAAAUAUCAUGUGGGACAGCAAUCAGAUGGAACCAGAGUGAUCUACUGAAGUUUUUUUGAGGACUGAUCUCAUUGGUCACUGCUAAUGUGCACUAAUAUGAGACUUAUUUUAGGACUGGUGUGUCUCGUAUGACAGACAUGGAGAGAUGGGCUGCCUGGCUGAAGAUAGAACCGUGGAAAAACACCAGAUCCGAAACUUGGAGCCCGUACAUAUGUUGACAUCAUGCAUGAAAGAGCUUUAAACCAAGAACAGAUUGGAUUACGGCAGCAGAUGCAGGAAAAGGCAAGAGCUGGAGAACUGCAUGUUGUGAAUGGAAGUUCAGCAUCAGAGGCACAGAAACAGGCUGGAAAACGACGUCGUUGGGACCAAGCAGCAGGGGAGAGUUCUGCUCAGCCAGCCAAGAAAAAAGCUUCGUCAUGGGACGCUGCAGAAACGUCUGUUCCAACACCUUCACACAGUCGAUGGGAUGAGACUCCUGGUCGCCCUAAAGGUAGUGAUACACCUGGGGCCACGCCAUCAACUAGAGCUUGGGAUGCUACACCAGGUCAUGCUACACCAGGUGCAGCGACUCCAGGCAGAGAGACUCCGGGUCAUCAAGCUUCAAGUGCACGCAAGAACAGAUGGGAUGAGACUCCCAAGACAGAGCGUGACACACCGGCUCAUGGAGCAGGGUGGGCAGAAACACCACGUACAGACCGAGGUGGUGAUCUGAUUCAAGAGACUCCUACUCCAAGUGCCAGUAAGCGUCGCUCAAGGUGGGAUGAAACUCCGGGAGGGGCUACUCCAAGCGGAAUGACCCCUAGUUUUACUCCAGGUGGCAUGACACCAACAGGCAUGACUCCAGGAGGCAUGACACCUACAGGAGCAAUGACACCAAGUGGCGGCAUGACUCCAUCGGGAGCAACACCAAGUGGAGUAACACCAACUGGUCCAAAAGCUAUGGCUAUGGCUACUCCAACACCUGGUCAUUUGAUGUCCAUGACACCAGAACAGUUGCAGGCAUACACUUGGCAGCGUGAAAUUGAUGAAAGGAACAGACCUCUGAGCGAUGAUGAACUUGACACCAUGUUUCCUCCAGGUUAUAAGGUUCUUCAACCACCGGCUGGGUAUGUACCAAUCCGGACACCAGCACGAAAGCUGAUUGCAACCCCAACUCCAAUGAUGGGGACAGGUACACCAACAGGUUUUCGCAUGCAAACACCUGACAGUAAAACUCAUGUUGUUGACAUGCAGCCUAAAGGUAAUUUACCAAUGAUGAAACCAGAUGACAUGCAGUACUUCGACAAAUUGCUGGUUGAGGUUGAUGAAGAAACUUUGUCUCCAGAAGAACAAAAGGAAAGAAAGAUCAUGAAGUUGUUGUUGAAGAUAAAAAACGGCACACCUCCUAUGAGAAAGGCUGCCCUUCGUCAAAUUACCGACAAAGCCAGAGAGUUUGGGGCAGGGCCACUAUUUAACCAGAUUCUCCCAUUACUUAUGUCACCAACCCUGGAAGACCAAGAGCGACACCUGCUUGUGAAAGUUAUUGACCGCAUCUUAUACAAGUUGGAUGACCUGGUUCGUCCAUAUGUGCACAAGAUUUUGGUGGUCAUUGAGCCCCUACUGAUUGAUGAAGACUAUUAUGCACGCGUGGAAGGCCGUGAAAUCAUAUCCAAUUUAGCAAAGGCUGCCGGUCUGGCCACAAUGAUCUCUACUAUGCGCCCAGAUAUUGAUAACAUGGAUGAGUACGUGCGUAACACCACAGCUCGCGCCUUUGCUGUGGUAGCCUCUGCAUUAGGCAUCCCUUCUCUUCUGCCUUUCUUGAAGGCUGUGUGCAAAAGCAAGAAGUCAUGGCAGGCUCGACAUACAGGAAUCAAAAUUGUGCAGCAGAUAGCCAUCCUUAUGGGUUGUGCCAUACUCCCCCAUCUCAAGAACCUUGUGGAGAUCAUUGAACAUGGUCUUGUUGAUGAACAGCAGAAAGUGCGCACAAUUACUGCCCUCGCAUUGGCUGCUCUGGCAGAAGCAGCCACCCCAUAUGGUAUUGAGUCUUUUGACAGUGUUCUGAAGCCUCUCUGGAAAGGUAUCCGUCAACACAGAGGAAAGGGUCUUGCUGCUUUCCUGAAAGCCAUUGGAUACCUGAUACCCUUGAUGGAUGCAGAGUAUGCUAACUACUACACAAGAGAAGUCAUGUUGAUCCUUAUUCGAGAGUUUCAGUCUCCUGAUGAGGAAAUGAAGAAAAUUGUUCUGAAGGUGGUAAAACAGUGUUGUGCCACUGAUGGUGUAGAACCCCAAUAUAUCAAGGAUGAAAUUCUACCUCCAUUUUUUAAACACUUCUGGAAUCAGCGCAUGGCACUGGAUAGGCGAAACUAUCGACAGCUGGUGGACACAACAGUGGAGAUUGCAAAUAAAGUGGGGGCAGCUGAAAUUGUCUCCAGAGUGGUUGAUGACCUGAAGGAUGAAGCUGAACAAUAUCGCAAGAUGGUGAUGGAAACUAUUGAGAAGAUUAUGUCCAAUCUGGGUGCAGCAGACAUUGACUCACGCUUAGAGGAGCAACUUAUUGAUGGAAUCUUAUACGCCUUCCAAGAACAGACAACUGAGGAUGUUGUAAUGCUCAAUGGGUUUGGAACUGUCGUAAAUGCCCUCGGGAAGAGAGUGAAGCCUUACUUACCUCAGAUCUGUGGUACAAUCCUUUGGCGUCUCAAUAAUAAAUCUGCAAAAGUGAGGCAGCAGGCAGCUGAUCUUAUCUCACGCAUUGCUGUUGUCAUGAAGACAUGCCAGGAGGAGAAACUGAUGGGCCACCUUGGAGUUGUUCUUUACGAGUACCUAGGCGAGGAAUACCCAGAGGUGUUAGGUUCUAUUCUGGGUGCUCUUAAGUCUAUUGUCAACGUUAUUGGCAUGACUAAAAUGACGCCACCAAUCAAAGAUCUGCUUCCCAGGCUUACACCUAUUCUUAAAAACAGGCAUGAGAAGGUGCAGGAAAAUUGCAUUGAUCUUGUUGGACGCAUUGCUGAUCGUGGUGCUGAGUUUGUUUCUGCAAGAGAGUGGAUGAGAAUCUGUUUUGAGCUGCUGGAAUUGUUGAAGGCUCACAAAAAAGCAAUCCGGCGAGCCACAGUUAACACAUUUGGAUACAUUGCCAAGGCGAUUGGGCCUCAUGAUGUGCUGGCUACACUUCUCAACAAUCUGAAAGUACAGGAGCGGCAAAAUCGUGUGUGUACAACAGUUGCUAUUGCCAUUGUGGCAGAAACAUGCUCACCAUUCACAGUUUUGCCAGCCCUGAUGAAUGAAUAUCGUGUACCAGAGCUUAAUGUGCAGAAUGGUGUACUCAAGUCUCUCUCCUUCAUGUUCGAGUACAUUGGGGAGAUGGGCAAAGACUACAUCUAUCCCAUCACACCCCUACUAGAAGACGCUCUCAUGGACAGAGACCUGGUGCAUCGACAAACAGCCAUGGCAGCCAUUCAGCACAUGGCACUUGGUGUAGCGGGCUUUGGAUGUGAGGAUGCCCUGACACACCUUCUGAACUAUGUUUGGCCAAAUAUCUUUGAGACUUCACCACAUGUUGUGCAGGCCUUCAUGGGAGCAGUAGAAGGGUUAAGGGUGGCAGUUGGUUCCUCCAAAAUCCUGCAGUACACAUUACAGGGUCUUUUCCAUCCAGCAAGGAAAGUGCGUGAUGUGUACUGGAAGGUGUAUAACACAGUUUACAUUGGUGCUCAGGACGCCAUGAUUCCUGCCUAUCCCAGAGUACCCAAUGAUGCCAAGAACCAAUACAUCAGAUAUGAACUGGAUUAUGUUUUGUAGUUGACUGAAUCAAGGUCUUUAUCAUUACGCAUUUCUCAGUGGAAGAUCAACCUCGUUUUUCUCUUCCUGCAUUGUCCUGAAGUGAUUUUUAAAAAUGGGAGAAGGGGAAUAUGGACAGGAAAAGAAGUGUUUUUUUGUUACUUUGUAUUUGUGUACUCUGUGCCGGCAAAACGCUCACUACAGCAGAUACUGGUGAAUGUUAUCAAAUGGCUGUGACUGUUGCAUCCUGGAAACUUUGUCUUGCAGCAGAUAGAUGCCAAGAACAGUUUGAUCACAGAGUGGAGUGUUGAACAGUGGAUGUGCAUAUAGCCUUCAUGUAUUCCAUUAUGAUGACCAUGUGAAAUGCUUCCUAUCUGCAUCAUGUGGAGUUCCGAUCGCUUUAGGCCUUGCUUUUAGUAUAAGACCAAUUUUUCAUGCAUUAAAUAUCUUAAAACACAACCAGAAAGCUAAAUUCUAAGUGAAGCAAAGCUAAGAGUCAAGUUAAUUUUUUUAAAAUUAAUCCUAGACAUGUGAUGGUCAAGAAAAAUUGAAUACAAGUUGCUUCUUUGCUUAAUAUACAAAUAAAACAAUUUUUCCCUAAA